AUGAGCUUGAUUUUUCACGGGUUCCCUCGCCCUCGUUCCCAGGGAGACCAGAUUAACAGAGACAACCGUAGAGGAGGAGGAGGCCUUAAAGAGCAGGCGCUAUGGACGCCACCUCACCCUAAAUGGUUUGUGACAGCAUCGCUGCCUCUCUCCAGCGGCUGCGUCUGGGAGCAGGCCUUGGCCGGAGACGAGGAAUCUGAGCCGGCCGUCGCUUCAGAGACGACAGGACAGGAAGUGUGGAGGGGCAGGGAGGGGGGCUGGGAUGUAGGAAGGAGUGGGAGGCGAAAUAGGAAACGAGCAGACGGGCGCUCCAUUAAUGAGGUGAACAGCAAGAAUGGAAAAGGAUACAGCCAGAGGGGAAUGUGCUGUAUCUUUGACGACAGUGAGUGGCUGAGCUGGGUCUAUAAAAGGAAGAGCGAGAGGGAAGCGCCAUCUCACCUCCACCUCCUGAAGACCCAGGUGCAGCAAGACAUUUGCCCAGAAAGCCCAACGGUUCAGGCAGAGAUCGUUGACAAGCACAAUGCCUUCAGGAGAGCAGUUGAGCCUACAGCUUCAGAUAUGCUGAUGAUGAAUUAUAGUGAGGAGGUAGCAGUUAGUGCUCAGGCCUGGGUUGACAAAUGUAUUCUGGCUCAUGGAGCACCCAGCACCCGCAUGCUAAAUGGAUAUGAAUUAGGUGAGAAUCUGUUCUAUUCAUCCUCACCCUACUCAUGGACAGACAUCAUCAGUGCCUGGCACAGCGAGGUGUCACACUACCUGUAUCCCAAUGGAUCCACCAAUGGCCAACCUAUCGGUCACUACACACAGGUGGUCUGGAACAGCUCCUACAGAGUCGGCUGUGGAGCGACGCUGUGUCCUAACAACAUCUAUUUCUAUGGCUGCCACUAUUAUCGAGCAGGAAACUUCAGGAGCUGGCCACCAUAUAAGGCUGGACCCCCAUGUGCUUCCUGUCCCAAUGCCUGUGAAGAUAAACUCUGCACCAACCCUUGUCCUUACAUAAACAAGUUCAUCAACUGUCCAGCCUUGAAAGACAUAUAUGGAUGCAAAAAUAAGCUGGUGUAUGACUGGUGUCCUGCUGCAUGCAAAUGCACCAAUGAAAUCAUUGCAGUAGCGUAA